AUGGUUCGUGAAUGUAGUUUAUUGAAGGUUAUUUUCUCAAAUAAUGCGUGUAUUAGCUGAUUUCUAUGUAUUAAAUGAUGUCACGUCGUUUCAGGAUUUUUUCAGUUCAUCAAUUUAAAAGUGUAUAAAUUUACACAAACUUCAUAAUCUUAUAAUCUGACAGACCUUUCUGUGGAAAGAAAAUGAAAAUUAUAAAUAUAAUAAAAUCAUAAAAACGAAAUUAUAUAAUUAUAUAAAUAUUACAGAAAUGUUUCUUAGAAACUUUUUUAAAAGUAAAUCUAAGGUACGUUUAUCUCAAGAAAAUAAAUUUUUUUUGCAUACCGUCAAAUCGCUAUUCAGUGUAAUAAUUUUUGUAGACAAUACCACAUAAAGUUGUCAAUAGUUCUUUUGGAAAUUAUGAGAUUAUUAUGCCAUGGGAAGUUUCAAAAAUUAGAGAAGUACCGCCGUAUAUUCCUAAACCAUCUUACAGUCAAUCUUCAGUACCUUGUCAUGGUCCAAAAAACCCUGAAAUUAAAGAUAAAAAUCAAAUACAAAGUAUGAGAGAUAGUUGUAGUUUUGCUAAAAAAAUAUUAACUCAUAUUAAACAAUACAUAAAGCCUGGUGUGACUACAGAUGAAUUAGAUGCAAUAGUUCAUGAAAUAAUUAUAAGUAAUGGGGCUUAUCCUAGUCCACUUAAUUAUAAAGGAUUUCCAAAGUCAAUAUGCACUAGUAUUAAUAAUGUUGCGUGCCAUGGAAUUCCAGAUAAAAGGCCAUUAGCAAAAGGAGAUAUAUUAAAUGUUGAUGUCACAGUAUAUUUACAUGGUUAUCAUGGAGAUUGUUCAAAAAUGUUUGAAAUAGAAGAAUGUGAUGAUGAAGCAAAACGAUUAAUAAGUGUAACAGAAUUGUGCUUAAAAAAUGCUAUUGAUAUUUGUAAACCUAAUGAAAAUUUCUCUAGUAUAGGUAAUAUUAUAGAAGAAACAGCAAAUAAAAAUGGAUAUUCUAUAGUACCAAUAUUUGCAGGACAUGGCAUAGGUACUUACUUUCAUGGACCACCAGAUAUUUUUCAUUUUGCAAAUAACUUUGAUGGGAAAAUGCUACCUGGAAUGACAUUUACUAUUGAACCAGUUUUAAGUCAAGGUAGUGAAGAAGUUAAAAUUUUAAAGGACGGGUGGACAGCUGUUACAGUGGAUAAUGCACGAACUGCUCAAUGUGAACAUACUAUUUUGAUUACUGAUAUUGGCUGUGAUGUAUUGACUUGUUAAUCUUGUAAAUUUAUUUAUUGCCUCAAAUAUAUCUUGUGAUGAAAGGUUGUACAAUGAAAAUUCGUUUAACAGGAUCAUAUUGUAAAUAUUUUUUAUUAGGAAAAAUUUAUUUAUAUUUAUCUUUACAUAAUGGCAGGUCCCCAGUAACUAUCUAAAGUCAACGGUCCUUGUAUUUCAACACCUUCCUCUCUUGUGAUUAUUCCAAGUUGAUACUAAAAAUUGAGAAAGUUAAAUUUUUCUUAUAAUAUAUAAUAUCAAAUAUAUAAAAAAAUAUGCAAGAUUCAAAUACAGAAUUCUACUUAUGUAACUUACUUUCGGGAAAGAUCGUGCAUCUCUAUAAAAAAGAACUUGCAUCACUUUGUAUAAAAGCUCAAUUGCUUGGUUUUUAGUCAUUUCUUUGUUUUCCUCAUAAGCUUUUCUUAAGAUAGGUGUUGCCAUAUAUGCACCAUAUCCCGUUGCUAUCACUGGAUCACUAUAA